GCGCGGGCUGCGGCCAUGGCGCUGAGCGCGGCGGGCCCGGCGCUGGCGCUGCUGCGGCGCCGCCUGCGGCCCCCCGGGCCCGGCGCCCGCGGGCACGCCCGGAGCGGCCGCUCCGCCGCGCGGCCCGCGGCCCUGGAGCCGGGGCAAGAUGCUGAAGUCGGUACCAGAAAGAAGACAUUUGCUGAAGUCCAAACAGAACGACUGAAUCAAGCUGAACGGACUGUUUUAAUUAAGUGCCCAUCAAAACUUAAUCAAAAAAAAUUAUUGCAGUACUUAGCCAGUCAUGGGAAUAUUAAGAGUCAUUUCUUUUUUGAAAAUCGUGGCAUCAGUGCUUUAGUAGAGUUUUCAGAAAAGAGCAGUAUAGCCUCGUUGCAGGAUGCUGUUGGGAUCCCAAGUGCUUCAGAGCAUCAUGUUGUCCCAUUUAAAUCAAGACUUUUUACUUUCACAUUGAAAAACCCAGUGAGUCAACAUGUUGAAGACACACCACUUCACCUCUCUCCUCAGUGUCACAUUCCAGUGAAAGACCUUAUUGAAAAGCUUUGUCUUGCAGACAGUAUAAGCACUCAGAUGUACAUUCUACUGAAUGAGUAUCAGCUUACAGAAGAAAACAUCAAGCUGCGAUUUCUGGCAUGUUCUUUGGUUCGGGAUUUUGCCCGUGCAUAUUUCCCUGACAGCACGGUAAAGCCGUUUGGCUCUUCAGUCAACACAUUUGGCAAACUGGGAUCUGAUGUGGACAUGUUUUUGGACUUCUGUGAUACAGGAAAGCAUGCUACAAAAAUGAAAAAAGGUCCAUUUGAAAUGGAGUAUCAGAUGAAGAGAUUACCAUCAGAAAGAUUAGCAACUCAGAGGAUUCUUUCUGUGAUUGGUGACUGCCUCGAUAAUUUUGGUCCCGGGUGUGUGAAUGUACAGAAGAUCCUCAAUGCCCGCUGCCCUCUGGUGAAAUUUUCCCAUCAGCCAACAGGAUUCCAGUGUGAUCUGUCAGUGAGCAACAGCAUUGCAACAAGAAGUUCAGAGCUGUUGUAUAUCUAUGGCUGUCUGGAUUCCCGUGUACGAGCGUUGGUGUUCACUGUGCGCUGCUGGGCCCGUGUCCAUGGGCUCACAAACAGUGCUCCUGGUACCUGGAUUACAAACUUCUCCCUGACCAUGAUGGUCAUGUUUUUUCUGCAGAGGAGAUCGCCACCUAUCAUUCCAACACUAGACCAGCUUAAAGAACUAGCAGAUGAAAAAGACAAGCACAUAAUUGGAGGAUAUGAUUGCUCAUUUGUUAGUGAUUUAAGGAAGAUUAAACCUACAAAAAACACAGAAACACUUGAUGUAUUGUUGGGCGAGUUUUUUGAAUAUUUUGGAAACUUUGAUUUCAGAAAGAAUUCCCUAAAUCUUCGAAAGGGGAAGGAAGUAAAUAAGCCUGAGUCGUCUCCUCUUUAUAUCUGGAAUCCCUUUGAACAAGACCUUAAUAUCAGCAAGAAUGUUAAUCAGCCACAGCUGGAGAAAUUUAUAGCUAUGGCCAGAGAAAGUGCCUGGAUUUUACAGAAGGAAGAUAAAACUCAGCAAAUGAUCAAUAAAGAACCUUGGGGACUGGCAGCUCUACUGAUACCAUUUGGAAAAAAUAAUUCCAGCAAGAUGAAGAAUAGGAUGAAAGGAAUAGGAAGUGAAACAAUCAGAAGCCUCUUGGACUCUUUAAAGUUAAAUAAUGCAAGCAGUCAACAAAAAGCAGUGGGAAAAUGACUUGAAGAACAGAAACACAAUAACUAAUAUUCUGUUUUAGGAAUUGAAUGUGACAUGUAGUCCAAAGAACAUUACUUUUAAUAUUUCUAUUAUGGAGAAUGGAGAAUCAAGCAAUCUCUGUUUUUCAUCAUAAUGAUUUUUGUACAGGUCUGCAUUCUUUCUGUACAUUUUUCUCCUCCUUACUCCUCACUUUUCCAUCUGUUUUAUGAAUGAAGAGUAUUGAAAUGUAAGUUUUACAGAUGCAUUUUGGAAGUAGCCUUCAGUUGGGCACUCUUCUGUAAAAAAAAGCUGACAGGAGUAGUAUGGGAAAAAGCCUUUGGGAAUUCUCUUGGCUAGCAUACAAAUGAUAUGCUAAUUAAAAGCUCAAGAAACAACCACUUUUCCAUGAAACCACAGUCUGAAAGAAGAUAAAUGUGUUGGAACCAUUGUUUCCAAUCCAGUGUUUUGGAAGCCAGUAAAACUGAAGUGCAUAUAUCUAUUUUUGCAGUUGUUUUCCAUUCACAUAGAUAGUGCCAAGACAAAAUAAAGGGAAUGGAAUUAGAUAGCCGGGUGUGCAGUUUCAUAAAGCAUUACAACACCGCAGCUCUUCAAGGAUAGUGCCACUGUUUUGUGUUGGAAAAGUGGGUUUGCUCUUGUAUUUGCCACCUGAUUUAAAAUGUCUUUAGUUAGCUCUCCUUUGUUUUCUCUACCCAGGACUGGUCUCCACCCACACUUGUUUCUUAUUUUGCCUUCAGCUUCACUUUAAACCUGUAUUUCAGGUUCAGGCAGGGGUUCUGGAAUGCCCUUCUUGCUUCAUCAUUCUCCCCAAAGCUGCUGCCUACCAGGGGACAUCAAAGCAUUCCUGCAGAGGGAUCUGUCCUAUGCAGAGAUCCAGAGAAUCACCCCAGUCUUGCCUGGGUUUUCAGACAUUCAGCAGAAGAGUGGCCAUUCACCUUCCAGAUCAGUUGGGCCAACAGAGCCAAUGCUUUUUGUUGAAUUUAAACACUAAGUGCUCUUUGGCACAAAAAGAAGUCUUCUCAGAGGAAGGCAGAGUUGGGAGGGAAGGAAGGAAAUGGGAAAUGGAGAGCAGGCAAAUAUCAAACUUUAAAAGUAAAUUUGUGAGUAUUUCACCUGUCCAGUUUGAGAGCCACUCAUGCAUUAAACUAAAUGGUAGCACUGUUAGCAAUUCCACAGAGUGUUUUCUGAACAGGAAUUCCAUGAACGAGAAUUACUGUAUUAAGAGAUAAUCAUAUAAAUGCAACAUUAAUUUUAUGAUUACUGUUUCAUUUUCAGUACCUUUAGACUCUUUAGUGUUGCACUGGUAUCCAAUCUUGUGUAGACUUUUUUCUAAUGGUGUGAUCUGAACAAUUUAUAAGUGUGUUUUCUCUUUUCUCUGAUACAUUAUUCAUUGGAAAUACUGUGGGCAAUAAUAAUGCAUACUUCCAAAUACUUGUAAAAACUGGGCAAGGAAAAGUAUCUUCUAACAGUUGGCAAACUAAAAGGUUAGACCUUCAAGUCAAUUCCAUAAUAGUUUAUUCAGAGUUUAAAAUAAUAUUUAUAUGUGUCCAUUUCUGAUUCAUAAAUGUUUUCUUAAAUAAUGACUCACAUAGUCAUUAUCUUGGUUGCUGAAAUUAAUUCUCAUAUUAACUUCUUCAAGAGUGAGCCUUGAUUUUCUACCUAAAUCCUGGUACUAGAACUUCUUUUUGGAGGCUAAUAUGAAGUUUAUUGUAACUCGCUGUUGAUGCAAACACAAAACCUUUGCUAGCAAGCUUGACACAGAUUCUGUAAGGAGCCUGCUGCUCCCUUAACCUUUACAAAACCUAGAGGUUCAUUGUCUGCACCACGAACAGACUAUGUAGCUUUUUGAAGAUUAGGGCAGUACUUGAGUACUUCAGAAUUUUCUUUUUUUAGAUUAACCAAAUGGGUAAUAGUGUAAUAAUAACAAUAUGGGUUACCAGGGACAGAAGCAUGCAGCAAAACUGUGGCAGUGUGCACCUAAUUGCAUUAUAUUCACAAUGAUCCACCGACAUAUGUAGGAAAUAUUUUAUAGGAAUUUUGACGUGUACAGGACACUCGCAGACAAAUAACAGGGAUUUUGUAUUUUGGUUAUAUGGUUGAGCCAUGCUGGAACACAAGCUUCAUUUGUAAGUAGUUAUAGAUGUUCAAGCUGCUUAGUAUUCCUUAAAAGGCAGGGCAGAUCAUGAUUACUGUACAUUUAGCACCUUUCAGCAUCACUUUUCUGUUUAGAUUGCCUGUCCCUUUUGGAAUAGUUCUGAACCUUUUUCAUGGCUGCAGGCCAGUAUCUGAAAAGACCAGAAAGAAGCCAAAAGCAAUGUUGUGGCAGUGGAAUGCACAGGUUAUUUUUUCAGAUAUCUACUAGUCGAGGGAGCUGGUGACCAGGGAGCUGAAGCCUAGAGGCUGCAAGGAGCAGCUCUCAUUGGUGAGGUAAAUAAGCUCAGCAGGCAGCUUUCCUAGAAGAGGCUGUAGCUGGAGGAGGUGGAGGGCUGACCAUGAGUUUCCCUAAAGUAGGAGUUAUAUCUGGGGAAGAGCUGAGUGAAGCAGAAGCCACCUGUGGGAAGAGAACCAAGACUUGAGGGGGUGUAUUUAUGAAAUCAAGAGAGAUGGUAUGAUUAUCAUUUCCUGAGGGCAGCAGUCUUACAGUGAAGAUAUUUAGAAACCAUCAGUAUGGUUCUGUCACUGAAAACAAGAGCUGGAUGUAUGUCAAGAAAGGACUAUGAUUAUGAUCUAGAUUUGAGAGCUCAUUCAUAUGCUCCAGAAACAUCUAAGCAAUGGCCCUGCAAGAGCAAGGCAGUAAGUUUUAGUUACUUCUCAAACUUGGUGCUGAUCUGCUGUAUUGUAUGGUGGGGCUGUUUGGGAGGUCACAGGUAAGGAACACCAGUGAAUUAAAGACAAUUUUGCCCCUCUGCCCCUUUCCCUCACUGGAAAUACUUUUUAGUGCAAGUCUCAUAUUUCCUGGCUCUUAAAUGGUAAGGGAAACUGAAAACAUUCUGAAGUUCCUUGUCCUGAGAAAAUACGCUUUGGGAUAUUAACUUCGGAGUUAACGUUUGUUGCCAGGGAUUUUAAUUUUAUUUCCCUAGAUGUUUGAUGCUCACAAGUGUUGCAGGAAUAGGUUCUGCUGCAAUUGUCACUGUUCCUCAUUCCUCUGUAACUUCCAGGGAAUCUGUAGCCUUGGCCUGCAGUUCACUCCUGGGUGAACAUCAUAGUGCCAUGCUUGUGAAGAUGCAGUCACAAAAGACUUCUUGCUACAUUUUCUGUCUUGGGUUCUGUUAUUUAGACUUGGAAUCAUGGUAUAUUUCAGGCCAGGAGAUUUCCUUCUUAAGUGGUAUCAGCUGUGAGAUCAGACCAGGACUUUUUAUCUAGUCAGACCUUGAAAAUCUCCAAGGAUGGAGACUGCACAACCUGUUCUAGUGCUUGACUGUCUCCAUUAUUUUGGUGGGCUGGGCUGAAAUGUGCUGCUCCAUCAUUGUCACUCUUAGUGGCUCUUUUUCGGAUCCUGGGACAUGCUCUCAAUCAAAAAGCUGUCUGCUACAAGUGUUCAAGCUGCUCCUUCUCAUAGAAAGCCCCAAGUCUUCCCUUCCUGUCUUUCCAGGAGGAGCUCAUAUCCAUCCAUCACAUGCAAGCCCUCCUACCAUAGCUGUUGUUCCCACAGCACAAAUAGUAUUAACACCACAAGGAGUUCUAGCUCCUCUUGCUUGUUCCCUAGGCUGCCACACAUUUGUAUCUGUACAUUUUAGGUGUACCUGUUCAUAAUAUGUUAUUAUUCUUGAGGUCCCUUUUGUUCCUGUUAUCCUGUAUCCUUUUCUCUCAAUCCAUGUCCACAAGCAUGGCAUAUCUGGGGGCUGUGGUUUUCCUCUUCUUUGUUCUAGCUGAUUGCUUUGAUAUGGCCACUGUGCCUAUCCAGCUUACAAAGUCCUCAUGACACUAAAUCCUGGGUAAAACUUAAUUCCUAAAAGGCUCUGCAGGAAAAUAAGAGGCCUUGAGUAGCAGACUGGUGAUUGCACUGGCAGAGAAGCCCCAGAAAAUACAGUGCCAUGUAGAGAUGGUGAUUCAGGUGCAGAAUCACCUCAGGGCACAGUGCUGUGGCUCUGGGAGCUUGUUGCUUCCACAAGUGCAGUAGUGUGGUACAGGAUGCUGCUGCCCAGCAGAGCUUGUCCCACUUGGAUCUGACAUAUCUGUGGUGCUGUGUCACUUCUAAGUCUAGAACAGUCAGGCUUUCAGCCACAACCUCACUCUGCUCCAUGCUUGUGCUGGUCAUGGAGGAAUUAUGUUCUUAGAACAGAAAGUCUUCCCUCAUGGAAACAAAUCUGCAAGUUCAUUUUUUUUUACACCCUUCAGAGGUACAGGCCAUGUUUUUGCUUAACAAAAUUUUGUACCUUUGGAGAAAGAAAAGGUAGACAAAGAACCUCUGUUUAAUUUUGCAAACAAACUAGUGAAAGGUCCAUGCCAUGUUCAACUGAAGAAAGUUUAAGAUUUCCAGCCUGGGCUGCUUUAGAGAUAUGAUGAAUCAAAAAUUAGGAAGCUUUUCAAAGUAAAGUCAUGUUGUUCACUGGAAAGUUCUCUUCCAAAUGCUUUCCCUUGCUUAUCACAAAAUUACCACCAAGGUUCUAUUCUAGUACUAAAUUCAUCUAAACAUCACGGGUAAGUUGGGGUCAGUUUGUUUAAAACAAGGGUUAGGAUUUAUUUGAGGCUAACUUGUGCCUGGAGAUAAAAUCUCCUUCUCCAUAAAUCCUCUUAGUUGAAAGUCUUGAUCCACGUCUUUUGCAGACCUGUUUCUCGUACUUUCCUUAAGCAGAGGAUUGGUUUGCUUUCUUUUGCAGGACCUGCCUGCUUCUUUUCACCCUUCCCAUUGUCUUUUCAUUGUAUCUGACCUGUAAAAAACACAGUAUUUCACUUCCCGUAGUAUUUGGUGAAUCAAUAGUGAAUACAGCUGUAUUCAAGAAACAGGUCAUUUUCAAAUCACAUUGCAAUGUGAUUUUUUUUUUUUUUUACUUCUUCCUUUCUUGUGAUUUUUUUUUUACUUCUUCAUUUCUUGCGUAGAAUGAAUCUCCACACUGCAUUUCCCAUGGCUCAUAGAGGGAUCAAUUAGCUGGACUUGAUGGGUCUCACCUUUAUUAAACAUGUAUUUUUGGGAAGUGUCCUCAGUAAAGAGACUUGUUUAACAUAGUCUGUUAUAUUAGAAAGCAGAAGUUCCCUGCAAAUUUUUUAUCCCUUCAGGAUAAAUUCUGUUUUCCCUUGUUGUUAUGGGGAAGCCAUGUUCAAUUUGUUUCACAGAAUGACUUCAGAGAUAGGUUUUUGUUCCCAUGCUGAGCUUUCUUGUGCAUACAGAUUUGUAGUCAAUGUAAACAGCGCAGCCCUGUACAGGAAUUUUGCAUGGAACAACUCCCAGAAUAUGUCUUGUAGGUAUUACACUCACAGCCCAACAGGGGAGGUAGAAGCCCCAGAAAUUACUAAGGCAUAGCCUCUCUUUUGUGGUGCUGACUCCAUGAGAUAGAAAAAUUUCCAUAAUUCUGUGUUUCUUUUUCUCAUGUUGGACAGAGGAAAGACAUUGCUUUUCUGCAGAGAAAAAGUAGACAUGUUAGAAGUUGGAUUGUUGGUUUUCUAAAGCCCUUCUCUAGGAGCAAUUUCUAGAGAUUUUCAGGACAAGAGAAAGAACUGGGAGAAUACAUAGAGGCUUUGUAGUUCAGGCAAUCAGAUAAAUGGUACUUACGAUUAGAUUAAUUAUCAAAAGGAAGUGCAUAGGGGACGAUAGCACAUGUAACAAUCUGGCAAUAUCAAGUACCACUGCCUUGUCUCCUUGAACCAGUUUUCCUGCCUCAAUUUUCUGUAGUCCAGUGGGGCACUACUUUUAUAGAGGGAUGGGAUUUCAGAGAGUGUACUAUAUGGGAACUAUGGUAUCCAAUACAUGGGAGGGUGAGUACUUAGCCAUUGCAGUAGAUGAAAAGAAGCAUUACCAACUCCAUACUGAAAUAAGAUUCAGAGAUUUUUUUUUUAUUAUUCCAGAAUUAAAAUAUAUAGAAUUGUUCUGUGAAUCCUUAGGUGAUUCGUAGUUCUUCCUUUUUAAAAUUAUCUUUGGACACCAAUCAAAAGAGGGUUUGCUGUAAUUGCUUGAUGCCUGAGCUUGCAAAGUAAGGUCUCAUUUGAAAUGAUCAUGAUCUGUUUUGUUGAGACAUUAAAGACCUUAGUGAUUACAGAUCUGCUUGAAACUCCGUGUUUAAGAGGGUUUGCAUUACAGUUGGCUUAUGAAUCUGGAAUAUUAUCAUUUUCAGUUAUCCUAAGAAUGCAAAUGCUUACAGUUAGCAACAGACUUUACCACUUCUGACUGUUACCAUUAGGCUGUUACAUUUUAAUCCUCCUUUUUACUGUAGACAGUAUUUUCAAUCUUUGAACUAUGUUGCAGCAAUUAAUUUUAUAUUUCUUCUAUGAGAUAAUAAAGAAAAACAUGUCCUUUGUAUUUGUUCAGUAAGUUACUGUUUCGUUGUGCUGCUGAAAUCUUUGAUAAGAUAAAGAAUAACGUAUCUGGUGCUUUCCUUCCUCAGAUGCAGGCAGAGAUUACAGAAAUGAGGAUGCAUUUCAAAGAGCAAUGGUUUUGAAGGGUUGUUCUCUAAAUGCCUCAGUCUACAGAGCUCACCAAAGAAGUAAGAAAACAAACCCCUGAAAAAGUAAAUCUCAUUGUCAGCCAGCUUCAACUCACCCAAGAAACAUUUUUAACUUUGGAGAUUUUCCAAAUAGAACAAUUGUCAAACCAAAUGCCAUCAAGUCAUGGUUGGAGAUGGAGUGCUUCUUGCCUUCCAGAAUCACUUUAUGAUUAAUAAUUUGUUUAAGUAAAUGGUGGUCUGUGAAUAGUAUGUCUCUGUCACUUAAAAAAUACAGUUUCUAAUGAAGAGAGCAGAAAUAACACUUUGGAUAUCUGACAAACUCUGUGAGAUAUCUCUUAAUGGGAAGAGAAGAAUUUUUUUUCUAGCUAGAUAUCUAAAGUUCCUGAACCCUGUCCUGGCAAAAAACUUGCUUUUUAUUCUUAUUAUUUAUAAAGAGGGAAUACAGGCAUCUCUGUUUGUCUUGAUUUAAUUUUAUCCCACAUGUAUAGGGUUACAAGUAUGUGGCAGUUAGGCAUAAGUGAUAGAAUUUUAUGCUCCAAAUGCUGGUAAGAGAGAAGCUUCAGAUCACAUAGAUUAAUGCUGGCUUGAUUCAAAGACACCUAGUCCAAAUCUCCUGCACUUUUUUUGAUCCCACCCACCAUUGCAGCAGAAGACCAUAAAUAUUAACAACUGCCAGCUGCUCACUCGUGGUAGGGAUGACUUCCCGUGGGGUUAAUCUUCCUAAGCCAAUAGCAACCUUUAAUUGCCAAGCUGACCUAGGGACUUCUGAAGCUUGAGAAUGCAAAGAAUGGUUUGCCAUCUUCAUAUCCCAUUCCUAGCAAAACUUUUUUCCUCCUGAGUCUAGUAACAGGAGGACAUAUCCCUAAAUUUUUUGUCAGAUGCAGAAAUAGUGAACAAUGGUGCUAUAGCAUGGCCAUUUCUAUUCCUCAGAUUUGUGCAAUGUAUGAGUUUCUGUGUGUUUUUAUCUAGCAUCUUUACUCUGUUUUUCAAAAAAGAUUGAUGAAUUUUUUUGGUUGUUUUUGUUGUCCUUGGAGUUUAAUAAGCUAGAGCCUUUAGAGCUGUGCUUCAUUUGUUCCCAUGUUUUUCCUGGCAAAGAGUAAAAUUCAAAGCUGAGCCUUUUUCUGCUGGAUGUUUUUCUUUUCUGUGAUAAACACAAAGUAUGCAGUUGAUGUCAUGAGAGCAGUAGGUGCAGGAUUCAGCUGACACUUUCCAGCAGAAAAGUCUCCAUCUUGCCAGGCCUUUGAGGAGACAUGACAAUGAUUCAUUUUGGUGAUAACACAGUAGGAACACAAGUCCAAUUGUUGGCUGUGUAGGUCAGAAUGGGAUAUGUUGGCAUCUCUGUUUGCAGACUUUACAAAGAUGUCUGAGAAUGGGAAGCAUGACAGCAAAAAACCUAUUCUGCUAUAACUUAAAUUGUUCUGCUGAUGGAAGUAGUCUAUGAACAGUUUGCUGUCAAAUACUUGCUGUCUGCCUAGCAGAGCUGAACGUUGUCUAUAUAUGAGGAGGUUUAAUUUUCCACAUUAAACAGCUCAUUUUCUCUUUACCCAAACUCUGCAAUUAAAGUCUGUCUCUGUGCCGAGAAGAAGGCCCUUAGAAUUACUCAGUCUUGCCGUUCCAGUGUGAGUUCUUUACAGCAGCUGAUGUACAUGUACAUGAUGUACCUAAAAAUCAGAGGAAAUUGACAGUUCACUUGGUUAGCUCAGGAGUUUUCUUGCAGCCUUGUGCCUUUUAAUGUCUGUGCUUCAGAAACUUGUUCAGCAGUCAUUUUGGGUUUUGCUUGUUCAGUCAAAACUGGCUUUGGGAAUGUAAUAUUUUGUAACAUAUUAAAACAUUUUGCUGCACACCCCAUUGCACAUCAUGCAGGAGAACGACAUGCCUUUUUAUGGGAAUCUACCAGCUCUCCCCUGAUGUCUGCUCCUUCUAGGAAAGCCUCUGGUUAUUGAAGAUGAAGAACAAAGCUUUUCUCUUUUUCCCUAUGUGAGUGCUCCAGUGGAGGGCCCUGGGACUGCUUUUGUUUGGUAUGUUUGGAUGGUGUCAUGCACUCUUUGGACCUGGCUUGUGCCUUUCCAAGAACAUCAUGUUCUCACUUCCAGGUUUGUCCCUCUGAUCCUCUGUGUUCAUCACCUACAUAAACAGCAGCAUUACUGCUAAUUCUGCUCUACAGCUAGGAGAAGCUGAAGCACCUUCCUGUUUUGAGGAGAACAACUCUUUCCCAAAUGAUUCAUCUCCUUUAAAUUAACUGAGAGUUUCUUCUCACACCAGGGGAAGAAACGUGAAAUAUCUUACAACAUUGCUCAAAUAUAUGUUGUGACAAACAUUACAGCCAAAACCAUCCAGGUUUUUUUAGGUUCUGCACCACAUACAUUCAAGGAAAAAUAUUCUCUUUUUGUCACAUGUCUUGAGAGCUGAAUAGAUUUUUGAACUAGUUGGAGGUUUAGUGUUGCAAGAUCAAAGAUGUACUAUGUACCAUGUACUAUUUUUUUCUUUUUAAAAGAAGGAAAUAAAUCCUAAUGGCUGGA